AUGGCGGAUAAAGGAGGAGCAGUUGUGAUUUUGGAUCAUUCCUUAUAUAACCAGGAAGUCUUGCGACAGUUAGCAGAUUCUAGUUUUUACAUGGUAUUAAAUGUGGAUCCUACUCUAUCUUUUAAGAGAGAAAUUGAUGAUUUUUUGGAUUUAUCGGUGCAACAAGUCAGCAGGAGCACAGAUUGUACUGAGGUCUGGAGUCUGCAGUCAUCACAAGGUAAAUGCCUUGAUUCUGAGCAUGAUAAAGCUGUACUGGAGAAGAUCGUGAUUGCAAGACACAGCCUGGGGCCAAGUGAAAGCAAACAUCAUAACUGUAUUAUGGCAAGCAAAGAUGAAUUUGGCAAGAAAACUAAACUAGAAAUGCAUCUGGUACCUCAAGAAGGAAAAGAGUCAUGCAGGCUUAAUCACAGCGAUAAUUUAAUGCUUCACUCUAGCGGCCUUACUGAUCAGUUAAUUCACAUUGGCAAAGGAAGAAUGAAUAUGUCCGCAGUACAUAAGCAAGCAUACACUGGAAACAAACAAUAUAAAUAUGCCAUACAUGACAAGGGUUUCACAGGUGAAGUAAAAUUAGUGGCAAAUAACAUUACUCAUACUAGAGAGAAACAAUUUAAAUGUACCACACAUGAAAAACAUUUUACGCAAAAGUCCAGAGUAGAAAAACUUCACUAUAUCCACAUUGGUCUGAAACCUUCUAAGUGUGCUAUAUAUGGAAAGGGUUUUAUACAGAAGGGUGACAUGGUAAGCCAUAAGUAUACACACACUGGUAUGAAACCUUAUGUGUGUACUACAUGUGGAAAGGGAUUUACACGGAAGGAUAAUAUGGUAAGACAUCAGUAUAGACACACUGAGCAGAAGCCUUAUAAGUGUGCUACAUGUGGAAAGGGGUUUAUACAGAAGUUUGCCAUGGUAAGCCAUCAGUAUACACACACUGGGCAGAAGCCUUAUAAGUGUGCUACAUGUGGAAAGGGGUUUACAGACAAGGGUGUCAUGGCAAGACAUCAGUAUACACACACUGAUCUGAAACCUUAUAACUGUGCUAUAUGUGGAAAGGGGUUUAUACGGAAGUGUGACAUGGUAAGGCAUCAGUAUACACACACUGGUCUGAUACCCUAUAAGUGUGCUACAUGUGGAAAGGGGUUUACAGAGAAGGGUGCCAUGGUAAAACAUCAGCAUACACACACUGGUCUGAAACCUUAUAAGUGCGCUACAUGUGGAAAGGGGUUUACAGAGAAGGGUGCCAUGGUAAAACAUCAACAUACACACACUGGUCUGAAACCUUAUAAGUGUGCUACAUGUGGAAAGGGGUUUACACGGAAGGGUGCCAUGUUAAAACAUCAGCAUACACACACUGGUCUGAAACCUUAUGUGUGUGCUACAUGUGGAAAGGGGUUUACAUGGAAGGGUGCCGUGGUAAGACAUCAGCAUACACACACUGGUCUGAAACCUUAUGUGUGUGCUACAUGUGGAAAGGGGUUUACAUGGAAGGGUGCCAUGGUAAGACAUCAGUAUACACACACUGAUCUAAAACCAUAUACCUGUGCUAUAUGUCGAAAGGGGUUUAUACGGAAGUGUAACAUGGUAAGACAUCAGUAUACACACACUGGUCUAAAAUCAUCUGAAACCUUAUAACUGUGCUAUAUGUGGAAAGAGGUUUAUGCUGAAGGGUGACAUGGUAAGCCAUCAAUAUACACACAUUGGGAAAAAAAGGGAAAACAAGGGAUGUGGCAUCAUUUUGGAAGAAAAUGAGCUAAGAGUACAGUUGCUUGAU